AUGUCAUCCAACGCCACAACCAACUCCAUCCCGGAGAAUGUCUCUGCCAAAACCGGCCUAGGCUCUUCAGCCACUGCGCCUCCUUACACCAUUCCCAUCUCGUCACGACCGCCCAAACAGACCUACUUGCAAACCACCCUGUUCGCGCUCGUCUUCAACAUCUGCAUCAUCUCUGUUCAUCUGUUCCAACUGCUAUCAUGGCCACUCUCGCUUCAUCCGGCUACGAAACCGAUCUAUCACUCGCACAUUGCAUACACCAAGCUUGCGUUCGCUCGAAUUCUACUCAUCAUUUCGCAAUUCUUUGGACCUAGCCAGCUCAUCAUCUCGAUCGGCGAUGGAAAAGGCGGAUACUUGGAUCCGGAAACUUUUGUGCACCGGAAUAAACAGACGGGAAAGAUUGUUUCGAUCGAUCUGCCGAGUCGGUCGAUCUGGAUGUCGAAUCACCAGGUCUAUACGGAUUGGUUGUACCUGUGGUGUCUUGCCUACUAUGCGGAUUUGGCGGAUAGUAUCCUGAUUAUCCUGAAAAAAUCUUUAAAGUGGAUUCCUUUCAUUGGCUGGGGGAUGCAGUUCUAUCGCUUUAUCUUUCUCGCACGCAACUGGGCUAGCGAUCAGGCACAAUUGGCCAAACAACUAGGCGAAGUCGCAUCGCAAAACCAGAACGACGCAUUCUCGAGUGCUUCCACCGACACCGCCAAGAAGUUGCUAUUGCUCAUCUUCCCCGAAGGAACGCUUGUAUCGAGCCAAACUCGACCGGUGUCGGCCAAGUUUGCCGAGAAAAUGGGGAUCAAGGACAUGGAGAACCUGCUGCUUCCGAGGUCGACAGGCCUGUUCUUUUGUCUUCGAACGUUGGCGAAAGAGAUGCAUGAUCUAUGGCUCGUCGAUUUUAGCGUGGGAUAUCCCGGUGUUCCACCAGCGGGUCACGGACAGGACUUUUACACGCUCAGAAGUAUCUUUAUGCAAGGUGUGCCUCCGCCGGCGAUUCAUGUGCACUUGACCAUGACGCGCAUCACAAAACCUGUAGCUGGCGAUACCUCUUCAAACGCUGUUGCGGUCGCACAGCUUGCUACGGCAGAUAUUGAUGCACCACCUCUAGGCGCAAACAUCAAGCCUGCAGAGAGCAGCGAAGAAGAAAGAAGCGCUUUCGAAACCUGGCUCAGGCAGCGUUGGACAAACAAGGAUGCCGAGAUGCACAGGUUUUACACGGAUGGUGACUUUGUACAAGGCGAGUUUACCAGCUUAGUCAAGCAAGGAAAACAGGCGGAUCCGGCACAGGCGCAUGGCAAGUAUGUAGUGUUGCCAGUGGAGUUAAGGAGCUUGAAGGAGAUAGGCGAUGCAGCGUGUUGGGGCAUUUCUUUUAUUGUGCUGUGGAGUGCCAGCAAGGUAUACAAGGCUGUGUUCGGCUAG